UUCUGACUAACGGAGCAAUGGCAGGUUACUUCUGAAUAUUUUAAACUCCGUUCACCUCUAAACUUGAUGAAACCUGAUAGAUUUUCGAAAUGGCGAUGAAAUCAGGUUCAAGUUUUCACGAACAAGUACAUCAAAUCUGUACAGAACAAACCACUUUCACUUUCGUAUUGUUUCCUUUGUUUACACGCGUACCUUCCAGCUGAUCACAGAAUUAAAAGUGACAGCUGCCAUAGUAACAGUCGUGGCCUCGGCUUGGUGAUGAGGUCAAUCGCCAAGAGAAAGCCCUGGAACCCGGGAACGAAGUUAUCGCAUCAGUUCAGCGGUAAUUUUGGAAAAUGACACCAAAAUUAUGUUCUGAAUAUUGUGGCAUAAGAGUACGACAUCUGAAAGAAAAGGGCAACAUUCUGACUAAAAGCUAUGAAAUUGGACUCGUUUAAACCUUUACUCAGUGGCCACUACAUUUUAAAUCCUGUGGCAUGCUUAUUGUAUGUGAUUUUGCGGUGCGUUCAGCCGUUUUGUGGAUGGCUUUUCCCAGGAGAAGAAUGUUCUCUCAGCUGGCGAGACUUUGAGUUAUUAUCAUUUCUAGUCAUUGUGUUGGCUGUCAAAAACAGAAAAUGGAAACCAACUUCUUGGCAAGAGGCAGCUUCCAUGGUGUUCCUGUUUAGCAAAAUUGCAAACUUUGUUCUUUUUGCCAGGUCAGAUCUUAGACUUGGUCUUAUUUAUCUUAUCUUUUGCUUAGUGUUAUUUUUAUUAUUUCCUGAGCCAUCAUACAGUGGACCAGACGAGAUACACUUCUUUAGAGGACCAGCACUUGAUGAUGCUCUGCGUGAUGAUCCAUCUGUCACGUGGCUGGUGGAAUUUUAUGCUCCUUGGUGUCCACCAUGUGUCAGAUUUGCUCCAACAUUUGCUGAAUUGUCACUAAGAUACAAUCAUAGUCACCUUAGAUUUGGAAAACUUGAUGUUGGAAAGUAUCCAAUCAUAGCUGAAAAGCACAAGGUAGAUGGAUCUGCUGUUUCUAAGCAACUUCCAAGUUUGAUUCUCUAUGAAGGAGGAAAAGAGACAAAAAGGAGGCCAUUAGUAGAUAGGAGGGGUGUUAUCACCAAAUAUACAUUCACUGAGGUCAAUAUUGAGCGUGAUUUCAACUUAAAAGAACUGAAGAAAGCUGCAGAAGAGAAAGGAAAAUUGAAAGAGAAGAAUGCAAAGAAGGAUAAGGACAAAGCAGAUUAAGGAGCAAUAUCCACAAAAUCUUUGGCUCUGGAGCUUGCCAAAAGAUUUCUGAGAACAUUUAGACAAGUGAAUUUUUAGUGCAUUUUUUUUACAACAAUUAGACAAAUUUGUUUACAUAUUGCAACAAAUUUAUUUUAUUAAUGACUUCCUUUAUUGUUGUUAGCUGCUUAUCUGAAUUUGUUUCUUAAGGAGAAAUCCAGUUUUCAUCGCUCAAUGGCGUGAUCGGGUUAAGACGGCAUUGUAUAAACAAAUUGUCCAAUACUGACUAAAAAAAAUCGUUAUUUAUCGCCGCGCCAAAGACUUCACGUUUCUUUUAUUUUGUAUUCGUUCAUUUUAUUUUUAAGAGUUGACUGCAGAUCAAAUAGCUCAUUGUUUCCUUAUCCGCCUCAUCCUCAAGGCGUUUCGUUGUCUUGUGCGUGGCCCCCGUGCGUAGUAUGAAGCGAGGAAGGAAGGAACUGGGGAGGGAAGUAUAAAGAAACCCCAGGCACAUUGAAUAGGCCACUGAGUGUUGAGUCGCGGCGGUCUUGCGUGGGGCUCGACACUGUUUGCGCUUCGUGUGCGUCUCCCCAGCCUCUCGCGCGUUUGCGCGUUUCCCGCUAUAAAAGAAGAGAAAGUUUUGCAACUUGUGAGAACUAACGAAUCGUUUAACAUUACGUUGUACAUUGAGGCAUUGUCAGUGGUCUUUCUCGGUGCAUUUUAUUAUUCCUUUCCCAUGGUAUUCCAUCUUUACUCUUCUGUUGCUGUCAUUGGCUUAUUGUAAACAAAUACCUAAAUUUAAUCUUCAAAUGAUAUAACAAUCAUGAAAUAGCAUCUGCGAGCUACAGAAUACAAAAUAAAUUGUCAUAUAAUUGUAUUAAAUAUCGUGUGGUGUGAGUUUUCUGUUCUAUUUUCUCAUUAACCGAUUGCACCCCACCCCCUCCCCUCGUUAACGCUCUUUAGCUGUAUAAGUUGGAAUCAGCGGAUAAGUGUUGAAGAAAACUGCGAGGAACUAUCGGCUGAUAGCUUCCCCGCGGAAAUUUGAUGUUCCCAGUCAUAAACACUCUAUUGUGUUUGAUGUUCAUCACUAAAUUUUCUUCCGCGCGCCAGUUCAAAGAUCAGAUUGAAUUGUGUUCAACUUUUUAAGAUGAAAGGCGUCUAAGCAAAAUGUAAACUUUGAAAAAGAAAACAGGCAAGUUGCGACUUUCAACUUUUUU